UAGCCACUAACCCCUUAUUCUCAAUUGAGUUCCUCGUUUGCGAAGAGAAAUCCAGUCGCCACUGCCGUUGCUAAACCCAGUGUCCAGAUUUCUCCUUGAUCAAUCUUCCUCACUUCGAUAAGUUCCAUUGCUAUCUGUAAGUCCCAUUAUUCUUUGGAUGCGACCCAGGUGAGAAUCUGGAGGAUUCCCAUAUUCCCUUAACAACUUCGCGCACACAUUAAGUUUCUUGUGAUGAAUAUCUAUUUUCUGUCCGCUUUGGGGGGUUUGCUGUAUUUUCUAGGGUUAGUGAUUUCCCUCUCUGUGUGAUCUGGGGUUUUGCUUUUGCAUCUUACACUGGUUUUUCAGGGUCACAAAUUCCUGAAUUUACAUGCUGUAGAAACUAACAAAAUUAAAAAAGAAAACCUUCAUCCGGCAUAACAGCUUAAUCAAGAUGAUGAUGAUGAUCAAACAACUCCCCGGGGGGGGAGUAUGAUCUUACACUGGUAACAUAUCAUGUCUGAAUACCUUUGCAAAUACAGAGCAGCAUGAACCACUGGGCUUGGCUAUUUUUUAUAAACUAAUCUCCACACAAGACAAGAGAGAAGAAUAGUCAGACUGAACAGUCGGCCGGAGCAGCUAGAGAGAGACCCAUUGCCUCCGCCGACCCGUCUCGCCGCCGCCCGCCCCGAGCCGCUGCAUCCUCCUAUCUCGCCGCCGCCUCGCCUCUCUUACUCUAAGUUUCUUCAUUAUGGAGACCACAGCAAGUGGAAAGGAUGGUUCCUUAACAUUGCUGAAGCAAGGUGCUGAAGCUAGAGUUUUUGAGUCAACCUUCGUGGGAAGGAGGUCUAUUGUUAAGGAGCGGUUCUCGAAGAAAUAUAGGCACCCAUCUUUGGAUUCAAAACUUACCCUCAAACGCUUGAAUGCUGAAGCUAGAUGCAUGACGAAAGCUAGACGCCUUGGGGUUCGUACUCCAGUUCUUUAUGCUGUUGACCCAGUGUCAAAUACCCUCACAUUUGAGUAUGUGGAGGGUCCGUCGAUUAAAGACAUAUUCCUUGACUUUGGAUCAACUGGUGUUGUGGAAGAACGGAUGAAUGAUAUUGCAGUGCAGAUUGGCGAUGCAAUUGGCAAACUGCACGAUGGUGGCCUUAUUCAUGGCGAUUUGACCACAUCAAACUUGUUGCUUCAGAAUCAUAACAAUCAGCUGGUUCUCAUUGACUUCGGUUUGAGCUUCAUCUCCACCCUUCCAGAAGACAAAGCAGUUGAUUUAUAUGUUCUAGAACGGGCUUUACUCUCAAUGCAUUCUUCAUGCGGCAAUGUUAUGGAUCAGAUACUUGCUGCAUAUAGGAAAUCUUCAAAACAGUGGUCAUCAACGCUUAACAAACUGGCUCAAGUCCGACAAAGAGGUAGAAAACGCACCAUGGUUGGGUGAGCUUCUUCAAUCUUUACCAAUUCUCCACAUUAAGAUAAUACUUUUGGUUGGCUAGAUUAGUCUAAUUAUAAUACUGCUUCGGAAACUAGAAGCAGAAGGGCAUCAAAACAUUGCAGCAGGGGGGAGAGUGAAUAGAGCCACCUUCAGCCUCGAUUCGAUUACCCACUACCCACUGUUGUCUUGUGCUUGUUGGUUGAAGUAGUUGUUUUCUAUGUGGUGGUCUUGUAGUUUGAUUACUAGUCGCCCUGUUCAGUUUCCUUACUCUCUACCAGAUGGAGAUGUUACGUAUUACCACUGUGUGCUUAGGCCAACAAUAAACUCAUAUGCUUCGCCUUUCAUGUAUUAAUGGUAUCCUCUUUUCCUCCUUUUAA